AUGAUGGACAAUAGAAGUUACUCUAAUCUGCCAGAAAACGCGCCUGUCCUCUCUGAUUCUGCCUACUUGCCGCUGAGCAGGCCCUUCUAUCUGGAUCCCAUGGUCACCCUCCAUUUGUACCCUGAGGCCCCGGUGUCAUCUCCUUACUUUGAAGACUUGCCAUUGCUGCCCUUUUCCAGUGAUUCACUGGUCCUGGAAAAUUACAGUGAGCCCUGCCCCUUCUCCUUCCCUGUGCCUUUUUCAAAUUACAGGAGGUGCGACUACUCCUACGGGCCCUCCUUUAUCCGGAAACGGAACGAACGGGAAAGGCAGCGUGUGAAGUGUGUCAAUGAAGGCUAUGCCCAGCUCCGACACCACCUGCCGGAGGAGUACCUGGAGAAGCGACUCAGCAAAGUGGAAACCCUCCGGGCUGCGAUCAAGUACAUUCAUUACCUGCAGUCUCUCCUGCACCCGGAUCAGGCCAAGGCCGAGAACAGCCCUGGGAAAGGUUCCGCCGUCAUAGCAACCGCCAGCCGCCACAGGGACCCCAUUUUUAGAAUCAUUUGA